UUCUUUAUCUCUUUAAUAUUAAUCAAAAUCAAAAUCUCCUUCACUCUUAAAGGAGAAAAAAAAAAGCAUAAGCUAUUAAGCCAUGUUCUAAUGUUCUAAAGCUAAACCUUCUUUUUCUUCUUUUUUCUAAACGCCGUAACGGACAUUCACAAAGGCACCGUCACAAACACUCCCUCGUGCGUGUCACGUGACUUUUCAAAACCCUAAUUCCUUUAUGGCUUUAGAUCAACCCUCAAAUCCUAAUUCCGUCGACGGCGAAGGUAACGGUAAUGAUAAUGGUAACGGAACGCCACCGUCGGCCACCGUUAACGGCGGCGAAGAUGGGAGGCCAGCGGCGAGGCUGCCACGUUGGACGAGACAGGAAAUUCUGGUUCUGAUUCAAGGAAAGAGCGAUGCGGAGAGCCGGUUCAAACCGGGUCGAAACGGUGCGGGAUUCGGUUCGAGUGAACCGAAGUGGGCGUUGGUUUCUUCGUACUGUAUGAAACAUGGUGUCAACCGUGGUCCGAUUCAGUGUCGGAAGCGGUGGAGCAAUCUCGCCGGAGAUUAUAAGAAGAUUAAAGAGUGGGAAUCUCAGGUGAGAGAUGAAACGGAAUCGUUUUGGUUGAUGAGGAAUGAUUUGAGGAGAGAAAGGAAAUUGCCUGGUUAUUUUGAUCGGGAAGUUUAUGAUAUUUUAGAUUCGCCGUCGGUUGCGGCGGCGGCAACGGCGGCAAUGGUUGCUCCGAUCGAUGUGAAGGUUUCGGAGGCGGUUGGUGAUGAGGAGGUGCAUCUUUAUGAUAGUAAUCGGAAAGUUAGUGGUGAAGAUGGGUUGUUUUCGGAUUUUGAGAGGGAUGAGAUUUUGGUUCCUACCAAAGAUGUUCAUGUUCCUUCACCUGUUCCUAUCUCAGAGAAGCAGUAUCUGCCACUACUCCAUGGCUGCAAAGGGGAUGGCAAUGCUCAAGGUGCUAACAAUGAGAAACAACCAGCCACAAAUCCAGGAAUGGGUUCUACAUCUCAAGGGGAACGAAAGAGGAAACGGUUUGCAACCGACGGAGAUGAAGAGGAGGAAACUUUGCAAAGUCAAUUAAUUGACGUGUUAGAGAAAAACGGCGAGAUGCUACGCGAACAACUAGAGGCUCAGAACAUGAAUUUUCAGCUGGAUCGCCAGCACCAGAAUGACACUGCAAGUAACAUAGUUGCUGUGCUUGAUAAGCUUGCAAAUGCUCUUGGGAGAAUUGCUGAUAAAUUGUAGUGUGCAAGAUCAGAGUAGUGUACAUAACAUUUGGGGUUCAACAAUAGUGGGUCCUUUCAUUAUUUUUUGGUCACUUGUUACUUUUUUCUUUAGUGUUAUUAUUAUUAUUAUUGCUGCCAUUUAUAGGACUAGGACUAUAUAUAUACAAACAUUUGGGAGUUAUUGCAUUUAUUCUCUUUUUGAAUUGAGGUUUCAUGAAUCUUUUCUUGGUCAAUAAUAUUGGUUGUACAGACUACAUUAUUUAGUUAGGUGCAUUUUAAUUAAUUUUCUUUCUAGUAA